AGCAUGCUCAGACGGCUCAGAUUGAAAACAAAAUGGCGACUAUAGCAACAAGAAGGUUCCUAAUAGCUGGGCAGUGUCUGCUCCGCCGCCCAUACUCUACAGCAGAAGGGCUCCCAUUAACCUUUGCUUCUCCAAGACAGGCUUUUUAUCACAAUGUCAAUGUUCGUCAAGUAGACGUGUCCUCUACCAAUGGUAGUUUUGGUAUUCUUCCAAGUCACGUCCCAGCCAUUGCUGUCCUCAAGCCAGGACUGGUUAAUGUUUAUGAGAAUGAGUCAACUACUGCUAAGUACUUUGUUAGCAGUGGCUCUGUAACCAUUAAUGCUGACAGUUCGGUUCAGAUACUAGCAGAAGAAGCUUAUCCACUUGACCAGUUUGAUAUUGGAGUAAGGACUAUUAGUAUUAGUACUUGU